UUGACAUUCAGCAACGAUAUGUUUACGUAGACAUCAGCAGAACUAAACAGUUUACAUUUUUGAACAAUUCAUAGAUGUCCACAAUUUAAUUGGUAGCAUCGAAUUAUAAUGCACACUUCGCUGUUAUUAUUUCACGUCUAGAAAAUGGGUUUCAUCGAGGACACUGUAAUAAUUCUGGUUUCGCAAGUAUGUUUCUUCAUUGGGGGAUGGAUUUUCUUCGUGCGACAGUUGUUCCGGAACUACGAAAUUCGGCAUGUCUUCGUGCAGCUGGUGUUUUCCACCACAUUUGCGCUUUCGUUGACUAUGUUUGAGUUGAUUAUUUUCGAGAUAAUUGGAUUUCUUGACUCGAGCUCGAGGUACUUCCACUGGAGGCUUGAAUUGACCCUGUUGCUGUUUAUGGUGAUAGCGCUGAUUCCGUAUCACAUAGUGUACUCAUGCAUAAGCAACAUUCGGAUAGUGCCCCAGAAAUGGGUUCAACCGCUAACGACCGUAUUCUGGUUUUGCUAUCUGUAUAUAUUUUGGAGGAUCGGCGAUCCUUUUCCUUUGCUAAAUGUAAGCAAAGGUAUCUUUACGAUUGAGCAAGCUGUGUCUAGGAUCGGUGUGAUGGGAGUGACCGUUAUGGCUGUCCUGUCCGGUUUUGGUGCUGUGAAUUAUCCUUACACUAGCAUGUCUUAUUUCAUAAGGCCUGUUUCACAGAGCGAUGUGAGUAAUAUCGAGCGUCGGUUGAUGCAAACGAUGGAUAUGAUACUGGUUAAGAAGAAGCGUAUCGCAUUAGACAGAAAAAGAAACAAAACGAACCCCAAACCGGGGAUUUGGGGAAUGAUUAGCAGUGUGACGAAUAGGCCGCCUGGCGCAGAAAAUAUUGGACAGCUGAGGUUGGAAAUAUCAGCCCUGGAAGAACUAUCCAGGCAGCUUUUCCUCGAGGCACAUUCGCUCAAAAAUAUGCAAGAGCGCGAACGAUGGGCAGCUACGCUGCAGGGAAAAUAUUUCAAUGUGCUGGGACACUUCUUCAGCUUAUAUUGUCUAUGGAAGAUAUUCAUCUGUACCAUCAAUAUCAUAUUCGAUAGAGUUGGUAAGAAAGAUCCGGUUACAAGAGGAAUUGAGAUCGCUGUGCACUGGUGCGGAUUUGAUAUGGACAUAGCAUUCUGGAGUCAACAUGUGUCAUUCAUGCUGGUCGGAUGUAUCGUUGUAACCUCUAUCCGGGGAUUGCUUCUAACACUCACUAAGUUCUUCUACAAAAUAUCCUCAAGCAAAUCGUCCAACAUAAUCGUUCUCGUGCUAGCUCAAAUAAUGGGAAUGUAUUUCUGUUCAUCUGUCUUGCUAAUGCGAAUGAAUAUGCCUGCCGAGUAUCGAGUCAUCAUUACCGAAGUGCUGGGAGGGCUGCACUUUAAUUUCUACCACCGCUGGUUCGAUGUAAUCUUUCUAGUAAGCGCUCUAACGACAAUAAUGAUUCUCUAUUUGCUGCACAAACCACCCAAUGUUGAUACGAGUAUGUAGGCUUCAACAAAUAUAGAGCUCUUAACAAAUCAGACAAGCGCACUGAUCAAGUCAGCGAUUCUUCUAUUCCCGAGUGCAGAUUUUGGAAACAUGCUUUUCCAAAAAUUCCCAUCGGAAGCGAAUUCCACUGAACAUAUGAUCUCAGUUAAGAUUGUACUUCGAAGCAGAAGAUGUACAGAUUAAAUGAAAAAAAACUACAUAGAAGAAGCGGAAUCGAGGCGAAAACUGCUGCCAACUGGAUGUAAAUAAUUUCUCUAGAGUAAGAAAAAGUCUAUCGUCUAGCCAUGUAAACACAAAUCAAUAUAUACAAUGAGCCACAGAA